UCCCAUUCCAGAGCUCUGGCUGGAGGUUCACCCUCCAGAGACGCUGCCUCGGAUCUCAGCUGCCGCCGGAAGCUGCGGACGUCAGGCCCCGCGAGCAGCAGCGAGUGGGCUGGGUGGCUGGCAGCAGGCUGGGAAGCAGCAGACAUGGCUGAGAAGCUGACCGAAGAGCAGGUGGCCGAGUUCAAGAAGGCCUUCUCCGCGGUCGACCGGAACGGGGACGACACCAUCGACACCAAGGAGCUGGGCGCCGUGUUUAAGACCCUGGGCUACCACCUCUCGGAGGCCGAGCUGAAGAGCUUAAUCCAGGCGGUGGACAAGGACGGCGACGGCGUCAUCAACUUCCAGGAGUUCCUGGAGGCGAUGGCCAAGAGGCUGGAGGCCGUGGGCAGUGAGCCAGAGGCCUUGCGGGAGGCCUUCCGGGUCUUCGACCUCAACAACGACGGCCGCAUCAGCGUGGCCGAGCUCAAGCAGGCGGUGACCAACAUGGGCAUGGAAAUCUCAGAGGAGGAGGUGGACGAGAUGGUCCGCGAGGUCGACACGGACCAGGACGGACACGUGGACUACGAGGAGUUCGUGCGCAUGCUCACUAGCAAGUGAGGCGGGAGGGGGGCAGCGCCCCGCCCACCGCGCCUGCGCCGCUCCUCGGCUCUUUCCGCCCGACUCCGGCCCCUGCGUCCUCCAGGGCCCCUGCUUUGUGGUGGGUACAUAAAGGGAGAAGUCUGGGUUGGCGGAUGGGAAAAAGACUUUGCUAUCUGGGGCCUGGAUUCCGGUCUCUGAGCCCCUCUGGGACCUCCCAAGACCUGGCUCUCCCCCUGCUCCUCUCCCCAACCCCUCCUGCCCCCCAUGGUGAAAUGA